ACGAAAUCAACAAGCGGUCAGGUUCUGUCGGUUUCUUCGUAGCGAUAGUGAAGCGAAAAUAAUUAUUUCCUGUAUAAAUUGUUGUGGAAUCUUGUAAUGGUUUCUUUCUUAGCCUUGCUACAUUUUUUGUGGUAAAGCCCUAAAUCAUUUAAUUCUGAAAUGCAUCUUUUUUCUGUAUAUUUCAAGUGACAGAUGUUCCAGUGUGAAAACGCGCCAGUUUUACGCUGAUUUAGCUUAGUAAAUUUUGUGCGAGAUGGAAAUUUCUAACAAUAUAGCCACUGGUGAAGUCUCCACUUCUAAUGGAACAGCAUCACCAAAACCAACCGCUGAUGGGGGUCUAGCUCAGACCAACACAUCACAGACGCUGUUCCCGGAGAGUCCUGUGUAUGAGCCUGAAGAGGACAUGAUGGAAUCGGAGCAAGUUGAUAACAUCGUUUCAUCAACUGAUGACAAGGCCGUAGAACAAACCGAAACUAAAGCUCCAACGCCAAGUCAAGUUAAAAGGAAACUGAGCGACGAACCGGCCGACAACAGUGCAAAGAUCCUGAAACUAGACCUUGCGGCCGACGAGUUCGCUGUGUCCUCUCAAAGCUUAGACGCGGAAGUAUGCGAGAUCAGCUUCGGCUCGAAACGCAAGCAAGAAGAUCCGUUGCCUUCAACAUCCCGUGUCAGAACGCCAGCAAGAUCCAGUCCAAGGAGAAUUACCAAAAGGAGCAACAGUACUGACGUUUCCACCCCGAAAACUCCAAAAACGCCAAGAACAAGACCAGCCAGUGCUGACAUAACCAAAUCGAGAAAAACACCGCGUAAAAUCCAACUUGACAAACUAAAAGAAAGUAUCCCAGAAGAAAAAGUUCAUACGCCAAGACCGAGCGUUGAAUUCGUCAAAGAAAUACCACCUCCAUCGAAAAUCACUGAAACUAUAGCGGAAGAGUCCAAUUCGGAGUUGAAUGACUCUCAAAACUUUCAUUUACAACUUUCGCCGAUGGACGAGACUAGCGAUGAAAAAACUAAAGUGGUACAUUACGCCAGUGACCCAGUUGUUGCCAAAGAUAGAACAGAAGUACUGGAACCUGGGUUGAUCAAAGAAGUCCAUAGUGAAGGCUACAAAUAUUCAGAUCAUAACUUAUCGCAGCCCCUACCAAAGGAUUACAAUAAAGAAAAAACUACCGACCAAGAAAGUACUGAUAGUGUCUGCUCUAUAAUUGAAAGCCCUGACAAUAUUCCAAGUGCAGCUUCAAAGAUGAUUUCUAAAUUGUCCAAUGGGAAUUCAUCGACUCCUACCGAAAUAUUGGGAGCAACAAAGCGAAUGUCAACUGAUGAUAGUGAUGGAACACCUGAUAUGCUUAAAUUGAAUGGAAACAAAGGGAAGAGAUUGAAAAAUGAGUCAUUCCGAGCUAGUAACACUACAACACCUUCAACAAUUUCACCUUUACAGAAUGGUCACUCUUUACCAAUAAACACUCCUCAAAUACCGGUAUUUGAUAUUCAUGUAAGUCAUAACGAGGAUUGCGAGUUCCUAUCACUGUACGUCGUCCGGACUGAUAAUGAUUUAGGUAUGGACAUGUGUCGGGAAUACCAAAGGAUUUCAAAGAGAUUCACCAUCGAUCCUUACAUGGCCGAUGUUUCUGUAAGCAAUUCGCCGUCAAGCGUAACUAGUGGGGGGAUGAUAAACCUGCCCAAUAGAACAUCAUUUGCAUCAACCGUUAGUUCUACGUCGACUUCCAGCAGCAAUCGCACUAGUGAUGGAGCAUUUGUUGUACCACAACCGCCGAGGAAAUCCGUAUCGAACCCUACAACAUCCGUCAAAGGAUACGAAGCCUUAAUGAAGAAGCUUCAAGACAUAUUUUCGCAUAUACGAGAAGCGUCAGUCGAAGAUGUUAACCGCUCACUUAGCGACGAGAAAGUCUCAGUUGGUAUACAAACUUCUUUGUCGAGUGACUCGACUCACACCAACGGAAAUGCUAGUCCGGAUGAAGUAGGGAAAUGUGAUAAAGCGACUCCGAAAAGUUCACUUAAGAAGUCGCGAGUUAGAGGUCGAAGGCACAUCGCAGGGAAAACUAAACGCGCAAUUUUACCCACUCAACACGAAGAAGCGGAGUAUAUGCACGGUAUGAAUUCGCCAGAAAUGGUACCAUCCAACGGUGAUAAUGGUAAAAUGUCUCCAGUAAAAUCUCCAAAAGAGGAGAAACCAUUGUCUUCGCUAGUGGCAACACCAAAAUCUGUUAACAAGUUGAAGCAAAAACGCAGGCCUACUUCACCAAGGCCGGCAACUCCGGUUGAAAAGGCUGUUAUAAAGCAGGAAUACCCUGGCUAUCCGGCUGAAACUGUUGUUCUGGCAAAAUGGGUAGACAAACGGUAUUACUCAGGCAAAGUAAUAGAAAUUACGGAGCCAAACAAGUACUUGAUUAAGUUUGAUGAUGGUCAUUCUAAAGCGUUAUUGGAUGAUUUCAUAAUAUUUGGUGAUAUGAAGACGUUGCCGUUGCAAGGGCAGUCUGUGUAUGCUAUGGUUGAUGAGGAACAGAAUUACGAGCCGGGAUUGGUGAUGGGCAUUGAGGAGAAUGAUAGCGGAACUGUCACAUACCGAUGUAUCACUGAUGGUGACUCCCAAGUGAUGGUGACGGCGAGUGAGCUGUACCUGACUGAGGAUCAAGCUCGUACCUUGAAGGAGGCUUCCAGGCCGAGGUCCCCCGGGACCCCUACCACUCCCAGACGACGACAUAAUAGGGAAUUGGACCUGGACAAUAUUAUACAGGGCCCACGUAGCGCCCGAAGCAGAGACAAGACGAGCACUAACAGCGCAAGGAAACGUGUCGCUUCACCAAAGAGUCCCAAGGCGUCUACAUCAGGUAUGAAAUCAGCAAAAAGUACACCGGUCAGUCGGAGACGAUUGGCGAGCGAAAGCAGCGAGAUGAGUGAAAGUAGUAACUCUGCACCCCCCGUCAGGAUUGAGGAAGUGGCCGGCGUCGAACCUGAAGUACAGAGGACUCCCAGGAAGAUCGAUGGAGUCAAAGCGGGCCCCCUCCAACUAAAAGGUGCCGCCAAACAGAACAUCGGCAAGAAGAACUCAAAAUUGACGUUGUUCGACGAAGACACCGUCUCGGUUCUGGGUCCAAUACCGACCGACAACAAGCUGUUUGCAGGACUACACUUCUUGCUCACUUGCACUGAAACUCCCAGGCUCAACGGCCCACAGAAGCAAGAUAAGAAUUCAAAGCAGUCUUCCUCCGACUUAACAGCAGCUCUCCACAGCCAAGAGACCAGGCACUACUCUUCGGAAGAAGACGGAGAGAGCACCACGUCAAUGAUGGGCACCGACACUGAGGAUCUAGAGUUCAGUGACCGGCCAUUCAACAAGGAGCGGCUGAAGGAGCAAUUGGAGGCGGGUGGGGGAAUUGUGUACAGCCACUUUGACGACGUCCCAAAGAGCAAGUACUCAUCGUGUAAACUCAUCGCUCCUCGGCCCUGUCUCACUGCCAAAUACAUACAGUGUCUCGCCGCUGACGUCCCAGCCGUCUCCCACGCGUGGGUCAUAUUCAGUUGUACCAACAACCAGAGGCUACCGUUAGAUUCGUAUGUGCUGCCUUCUGGGUGGUCUAUAAGUCAUCAACGCUUCAUAAACUGGAAUCCACCAUCAGGCAAACGCAACACAACUUUCUUCAAAGAUAAAACUAUACUCCUGUGCGGUGACCAAGACACAUUUGUUAAGUUCUGGGAACGAGUGUGUACGUUAGCCGGUGCCAAUACCAGAGUUGUGAAUGAGGAGGAUUUGAACACAACCGGAGCUAUUGCCUUGGUUACGGAGUGGGAUUGCCCGCAUGAGGUGCAAAACAAAGCGAAUCAGGACAUGAUACCGCUCGUCUCAACGUUCUGGGUGAUACAAUGCCUGAUCGAAGGCAAGAUCCUCCCGGCCAACAGCCACGACCGGUUCUCGUUCAUGUACACGGAGCCGGAAUGAUCCUGGGACUUCAAGAAGUACCUCAUUAUACGUGAAAAUUGACACUUGAGGUCGCAGCGAUAAUGACGCUAUAGUGUAGUGAAGUGUUGUGUUUAUGGUGUGUUGAUGACUAAGAUCUUUAACUGUUUAUGAAAAGAAAUCAGUGGUAAACUUUGAACUAUUUGUUUAAGGAGUAAGUAAACAUACCAGGAAAUAAAAUAUUUAACAGAAAAAAAUAAUAAUGGAGGACGCUCUACUAAAUUCCACAGAGAAGACUAAACUUUUUGAAUAUAAGAAGAAGAAGUAUGGAGUUCAAUGCUCAGAAAAAAGUCAAAACCUUUGUGAUUUAUUGUGCUUUGAUCAUUGAAAAUGGUGUGAUGGUUUUGAGUGAGGAACUCAUAAGGAAGGCAUGUAAGAAAGGGAAUGGAAUGAGAACGGGCCUAUAGAACUAAAUUAUCACUAUAAGAUCAUUAAAUUCUUGUAAAUAAGGGAAGGUUUUCAAAUAUUGUCUUGUAAAGUGUUAAAUAAUUUAUUUUCGUAGAAAGGUUGUUGAACCUUUAAUAAGUGGCUAAUACCUGGCUCGAUUCCGUUUGAAAAUCUAGAUCAACUUUAAUAGUACCAACCCAGCUACCUCUGGAAGGUAAGCACUGUCAAUGGCCCAUAACAGGCUUUGUUUAAGAUCCCUUAUUAUAAAUGGGGACAUAAUACUUCAAUUGUUCAACUUUUAAAAAAAAAACAUCAUUUUAACCAUCAUCUGCAAGUGUUGUAAAUUUAUUGCCUCCAUGAUGACCUUUAACUGAUGUUAAAGAACCAGUGGUUAAAUUAUUUAUUUUGGACCCAUAGAAAAGCUCGAAGCUCACAUCUCUUACUCAAUGUAUCAACUCAGAAACGGACAGGACACAAUAUUUUAAUAUCCGUGGUAAGUUAUUUUAUUCCAGUGAAACAUAAGACCACUGGCUACAUCUAAUCUUGCCUCAACCAACUAGAGAAAUCAUUUUUCGUGAAUAACCCAGCUGUUAUAAAAUCAUGUAUUACCUAAUUCAUAUUUUUAAAGAGAUCCACAACUCAUAAAUAAGCCUUCACUUCCUUCGUUAACAAAGGUGUGGAUAUUUCUUAUAUGUGUUAUGUUAUUCUUAUAUGUGUUAUAAAGACUAGUUAUCUGAUAAAUCUAGUCACAGUAAAGAUCUUAGUUGCUGAUGUACAAAAUGUUAUGUCAAAAGACUACUCUAUGUCUAGUGAUAGUAUUAUACUAAGAUAUUCCACUUCUCAAAUUUCACCUUGAACUUUGAAGUCGAGAUAUGCCUAAGAACUGUUGUUGGAUUCAUAAAAUAUAUUUAUAAAUGAUAAGGAAUUAGUUGUAGAUGUAUAUAUAUUAAUAUCUCAACUCGAUUUUGAUGUCUCUAAUGAAAAGAAAAAUCAUGUUAUGUCUCAAAAUGUGCUAUGUUUGUGUCAAUUUCAUUGUA